ACUAAAUGCUCGAGAAGCAGCUGCUGGGGUGGGCUGUUGUGGACACCCCUUCCUGUCUCUCUUCCAGGGCCGGUCUUUGGCAGCAAGGAUAACUUCAUAGGGCUGGGCGUGUUUGUAGAUACCUACCCAAACGAAGAGAAGCAGCAGGAGGCACAGAAGAAGAGGUAUUCUUCGGGAAACCAGCGCGUGUUCCCGUAUGUCUCAGCCAUGGUCAGCAAUGGGUCCCUUGCUUACGACCACGACAGGGACGGGAGGCCGACUGAACUCGGGGGUUGCACGGCCCUGGUGCGCAACCUGGACCACGACACGUUCCUGGUGAUCCGCUACGUGAAGAGGAGGCUUACCGUCUUGCUUGAUAUUGACGGAAAGCACGAAUGGAGAGAUUGCAUCGACAUUCCUGGAGUCCAUUUACCGCGCGGAUAUUUCUUCGGAAUCUCUUCCGUCACGGGAGACUUGUCAGACAAUCACGACAUAAUUUCUCUGAAGCUGUACCAGCUGACGGUUGAACGGACACUGGAGGAAGAGAAGCGUGACAAGGAGGUCUUCCUUCCUGUGGUGGAGAACAUGAAGCUCCCUGGGAUGGAGACGCCGAUGGAACCCAUGAGUGGCCUUGCUCUCUUCUUGAUGGUCUUCUUUUCGCUGGUGGCCGUUGUCUUCGCCAUUGUCAUUGGCAUUAUUGUUUACAACAAAUGGCAAGAGCAGAGCCGGAAACAUUUCUAUUGACUCUCAGGGCUCCUCUUUGACUCCUUGUGCCCUCCUUGCUUUCUGGACAGCCAUCCGAUUUUAUCAGCAAGGCGGGUGGUUGUGGAAGCAGGCAGCUCAUCGUGGGACACCCUGUCCAGCGGGCCUCUGGCUGUCUGGCUCUCAAUAACGGGCUGACGUCUGGACUGGUGGGCUCCUUGGGGUGGUGAGACACCAUUCUCUCUGCUCUUUCCUUUGCCUUCUUUGGACUAAGUUCUUAGCACUGGCUUUCGGUGGGGUGGGACAGGCUUUGUCAGGACCUCCCUGAGUAUGUAGCACACACUGGACUCUCAUGUCACUGUUGACACGUUGCGGGAACGUUUCAUCAGUGAUUCGGAGCUGCCGUCCUCGGCUCCCCUGGCGGAGCUCGUUGGAAGAUGGGAACUGCGGUUUGGGGAGUCUCAAGAUAGCAGCCCCUGGUGUGGCGGAAAGGAAACCGGGAUAUGGUAGUCCACAGUAAUGAACUGUAUGUUCCUUUGGAAUGCCUUAAGUGCACAUCUUUGCCUGGAUGACAAAAGCAGAACCCUUGUAGCGUAGAGAAAACCAAGGCCAUUAUCUUGUUCAGUCCUGCCACACCACUCUUUUCUUCUGUUCCUUGUAGAACAGGGCAAGCAUCAUAAUGAAACCACUAUCCCGAAUAAACCAAUGUGAAUCUGUUUGCUCCUUAAGCCCAACAGCUCUGUCCUCCUCCUUCUCCUUCCUCCCCAUCUUCCCCUCCCAUCCAUCCUCUUGACGUGUUUUGGCUGCCCCGACGGUCCUUGCUGCUGUAGGUCCUUUCCCUGGGUGAAACAAGCGGGCCCUCGUGAAGAGAUGAAAGCGUGGUUUCUGCUUUCGGGAUAGACCCAAACCACGAGCCUCUAGCUGCAGAAAGUGUGGAUAAAUACUUGAGGCAGGGAGACAGGGCUUUAUUUUCGGCUACAUCAGCACAACCUGAAAAGAAAUGCUUGCUUGACAACAAGGCUGUGUUUUCCUGGGUCAACGGGAUGCUUGAAGGUUUGGGUCAACAUCUGGAAAAUGGUGAAGCUUGUUGGCAGCUGGUGGGGUUUAGAGCAGGGAGUGUUGUUAGACAGCCUACCCCAAAAGAUGGCUUCAUCCACUGCAGCUGAUCGUCCUUGCGUCGUUCAAGAACGAGCAGCUCGCAGAAGGGAACAGCAGAACCAGUAAGUGGCGUCUCGGGCACUGAGCGUAACCUCUAAAGUCUCCCAAAUGGCAGGCUUGGCCUCAGCAGUGUGUCAGGGGGCUGGCAAAUCUCAUGGGGGAAAGUUAGCCUACAAACAGGUGUGGCCCAACUUGAGAUUUGCCUUAUAAUAAACAUUGGUAAACAAGUCCUCUAAGGGAAAAAAAUGGCUGCUGACGGACUUUGCUGCUGUUAGAUUUUCUGAAGCCAGCUUUUCUCUGUUGUUCAGAGGAAUCUGACCUCACUUCAUUUCCCUUAGCUGCCUGAUCCACCAAUUCCCUUUAGUUAAAUUCACUCCUGCAUCUCCGCUGGCAGGUCUCCUCCUCCUUUCUCCUCCCUCCCUCCCUUCCUUCCUUCCCUGGUUGGAGGAAAUGCUAUUUCCCAUUGGAGCUUUUUAGCAUCCCAAGCUUGCAGGAGAGGAGCUGACUGACCUACCUCCGCUGACAAAGGCCUCUUUUCAACUGGUGGAUGAUCCCAUGUGGGACAUUCAUGGCUUCUGGAAAUAUAGUGGUGAUUCGGUGUAGAGAAACCAAUAGCUGCCUUCUAGAGUGAGAAAGUUGGGUUGCUUCUCAGAUCACAACAUUUGUUCUUGGAGUCGGUUUUCCGUCGGUUUCUUUUUCCCACUCUUUUUAUCUGUCAGUUGUAUGUCUCUGAGCUGUGCUAAAUAAUCUGAUUAUUUAUUUGUGUUGAAAAUGCAGCUUUGGGGGAAGGGGAGAUAAAUUUCCUCAAAUUCCCUCAUGGUCUCCUCCGAUAUCACAUCCUGAUGUAAUUUUUUUUCUCUUUCUUCUACAGUACUUUUCAAGGAUUGGCAGCAUUACGUAAAGGAAGGUUUUGCUGUCUUUCUUACUUGAGUACCUCAAGAAAUCAGUGAUACACUGAACAGAAUCAUAAUAAGGCUUUAUGUAGCUAGUUAUGUGCUAGGGCUAGUGAGAGCAAAGCCAAUUCCGAGUGAGGGCUCUGCUUUUUGGCCUAGUCAUAUGGAUAGUGCCAACCAGUGAGAACACAGACUGCGCUCUUUCUUCCAAUUUGUUUCCUCCAGGUUGUCUUCCAAAUAGGUUGAAACAUCCAGAGUUUGGGAAUCAAAUUCCUGAACAGCAGGUUUGGAGAUGAUUGGCUUUGGCAAGCAAGUUCAUGGGCAAAAAUUGCUAAAAGGGCAGAAUUUGCUUUUCUGGGUGAAAAAUAUCCACCCUGAAAGAUAUCCCCCUGCGAACAAAGGUAUGUAGAAGUUUCCAGUUCUUCAGAACUCUUCAUUAACCAUGAUGAUAAGCUAAAUCAGAGGAUUGGGGAAAGGGAGAAACACACCCAUCAUUGCAGCAUCUCUCCUUUUAGCCCAAGUUAAUUCCGCACGUGCACGCUUUUCUUUAUUCUCGGGGAUAUGUUUUAGACACUCUUAUGCUGCUCUCGGAUCACAAGCUGCUGUUUUAAAAAGGUUUUUUUUUAAAAUCUAGCAUCACAAAUAUAUAAAUAUUGUGCCCAGCUACUUCUGUAAAAGGUCAGCUAAGAAGGUCAGCAACUGUGGAUAAAAGUUCUACUGCCAAUGAAGCUGCUCGUGGGAUUAUUGUAUUUAUACAUAUAUAUUGAUUUUAGUUUUUUAAUUAUUAUUUUACAUUACAUUACACACAACAGCUACUGCAUUAAGCAAUCUUGUAUCAGAGUGUUUAGAUUUUCCCUGCAUCCUGAUGGUUAUUAGUUUUGUCGUUUAUAAAACAGAUAAAAUCCUUCCGAUCUUGAUAAAAGAAUGAUUUUUCCACUGUUUUUUUAAACGUGUGAAUUUUAUCAGAGACCUUCUCAAGCUGGACAAUUGACCCCCUCCGAUCAAACCAUUUCUCAGGCAAAAGAUGAUCCAGUAUUUUCACUGACUUUACUGCUAAAAGCAUGUAAAAAAAGUAACUUUCUUGCUUUGUGUUUUUAUUCCUUCUGCCAAAUAGAGCUCAUA